AUGCACUUACCAUUAUGCUACCGCGGCCCUGACAGCCAUGUCGAAUUCUUUCUAGCUUUUCUUAUGCUACAAGGCAGCGCCAUCUCUUCGCAUUACACGCUGGCCCCUUCCCAUCUCCAUGGAACCAACAACAGAGCUGGUGCGGCUUGUGAAGCGGCUGAAAAAGCAAAAGCAAGCAAAUACAGGGUUCUAGGCUCCGAAUAUGAUUUUGUCCCAUUCGGUGUCGAGACCCUUGGUCCGUGGGGUCCUAGCGCUUUAAGGCUAUUUAAGGAAAUAGCAAAAAGGUUAGUCGACAUCACAAGAGACCGUAGAGCUGGCAGCUACCUUGGACAAAGAAUUAGUCUAGCCAUUCAAAGGGCGGGCUUCUGGAUUAUUUACUGCAGAAUACAUUCUAAACAAGAUUCCAUCAUGGCCCCGAACCUAAGCCUGCUGCUGCUAUUUGUUGCUCUUAGUUCUGUGAGCGCUCAGACCUUCCAAUACUCCAGAGGUUGGACCAAUGGCAAACGGGACGGGAUGAAACGGGACGCCGCCGCAGCGAGGGAGAUGGCUGCGCUCGAGAGGAUCAUGAGCCCUUGCCAAAUGAACAAGCUCAAGAACUUGUUGGAAGGCAGGCCUCUCAAUGACAGGUUAUUUGGACCCUGUGAUUACUUCGAGGAGGAAGAAAUACAACCGAAGAGAUCGAAAACUGACCACAGCGCAGACUCCUUGUACGAAGCAUUCCAGUGA